AUUGUCUCUGCUGGUCACCUCUUUUCCCCCCUCCCUAUUGUGUUAUUUUUCUCAUGUUCAACUGUUGUCCAUCGUGCACUUUGGACGACUUAUUAACAUAUCGCUGCCCACGGUCCUGGGUUACCCCAGCCUUGACACUAGAAAAAAGGCCCGCAAAGGCUCUGAUGUCCGGCGUCAAUCCGGGUUCCUGACCCAGGUUCCACAUUUUCCAGUGGGUGGCAGGCUGCGGUUGUAGCCAUCGAGCCCUGCAUCCAGCCAUUGCCCAUUGCCGGCUCGCUGGCUCCUGCGCAGUCUUGGCAGGAGCUGCUCGAUUCUGACUGCAGAACUUCGACUCCUUCUUGAGACAACACAUCCUGCAGAUGGUGCUUGCCUAUCUUCAUCUUCCAUUGAUCACCUCAUUAUCCCACUGCAUGUUCCUCUAGCUUUGCCUGAUCUCUUUGGUAGCUCACCGCGGUGGCGGAGGUGUGAACCGCCCUGAGGCUUCGCACUUUGUACCUACAUAGCCUCCCGACGUCGUCCCUCUGUGCAAAAUAGCCUUCUUGUCGACAAAUCUUUCUCCUCUCCUCACCAUCCCGCUCGACACCUCAUCCGGAUCAAUCAAUUAUUGCAGCCAUGGCCUCCUCCUCGUCCAAUGUUGUCGGAGUGCAUUAUCGCGUCGGGAAGAAAAUAGGAGAGGGCUCGUUUGGCGUCAUUUUCGAAGGCACCAACCUACUCAACAACCAACAAGUUGCAAUCAAAUUUGAACCGAGAAAAAGUGAUGCCCCUCAGCUGCGCGAUGAAUAUCGGACAUACAAGAUCCUGGUUGGCUGUCCUGGCAUCCCCAAUGUCUACUACUUCGGCCAAGAAGGUCUACACAAUAUUCUUGUGAUCGACCUCCUCGGUCCCAGUUUGGAAGAUCUCUUCGAUCAUUGCAACAGACGCUUCUCAAUCAAAACGGUGGUGAUGGUUGCUAAACAGAUGCUGUCGAGAGUGCAGACGAUCCACGAGAAGAAUCUAAUCUACCGCGACAUCAAACCCGACAACUUCCUCAUUGGCCGACCUGGUACGAAGGCUGCUAACGUCAUUCACGUCGUGGACUUUGGAAUGGCCAAACAAUACCGGGAUCCGAAAACCAAACAACACAUUCCUUACCGUGAACGAAAAUCGCUAUCAGGCACAGCGCGUUAUAUGAGUAUCAAUACACAUUUGGGACGAGAACAGUCACGACGAGACGACUUGGAAGCUCUUGGGCAUGUUUUCAUGUACUUUUUGAGAGGCGGGCUACCAUGGCAGGGUCUGAAGGCCGCCACCAACAAACAAAAGUACGAAAAGAUUGGCGAGAAGAAGCAAACGACGGCCAUCAAGGAUCUGUGUGAAGGCUUUCCGGAGGAGUUUAACAAAUAUCUCAGCUACGUCCGUAAUUUGGGCUUUGAGGACACCCCGGACUACGACUUCCUACGAGACCUGUUCACGCAAGCGCUUAAAAACACCGGUGAGGUGGAGGAUGGUGAAUAUGACUGGAUGAAGUUGAAUGGCGGUCGUGGUUGGGAGGCCGUCAAACAACAUCCAUCGCAACUUCAUCUGCAUAAUGCCAACGCCCCUCCUGAUGCCUCUGCUCGUGCCUUGCACGGAGCAUCUGGCGUCCGCGCAGAUGCGCAGCGACCUUCACGAGACCGAGCAGCAAUAUCGGCCGACCGUUUAAACGCAGCGCAGCCCCCGCCCCCAGGGUCACCAGCGAAGCCGGGAGUAGCGGCCAUGGGGAAGAGCGCUCGAGAUCGCACAAGCGGCGCCGCCGGGGGCAAUCUCCCAAAGAGAAGUAGUGGGUUGGCCGGCCAGCUGGACAUGAACACACCUCCAGCGAGUACCCAAGCACAGUUCCAAAACAGCAAUGCCAACCUGGUGAACCAGCAGGUGAGAACAAGCCCCGCCGCCGGGGCCUUGCAGAACAACCAGGGCCGACCUGCACAACAACAGGAACAGCAACCUGGUUUCUUCCAGAAGAUGAUGAAAGUGCUUUGUUGUGGUUGAAAAUGUCGAACGAGAUCAUCGCCCAGGCGGCCCACAUCUCAUUGAUCUCGACGGCCAAUCUCCCCGCGGUUAACCACUUGAUGGAUUUUGCGCCUCGGCUCAGACCUGGAGGCAUUCAUCCUCUGACUCAACGUCUCGAAUUUCCUCUAUUUGGCAUCGGUUGGCUCGGAAAAAUGGCCCAAGGCAACUCUUGUCGUUACCCAAAAACAGGCGAUACAGGCGAGGACAAAAUCCUUAACGACGGAUCACGAUCACUUUUGUGCAUAGCAUCUUUCCUUGUUUCCUCAUUUUUUCGUUGGUGUGUACAAGGAUCAGCAGGGUGUUAUCUAUGGCAGCAUUUUUGGGUUGGGGAGCAGGGUGUUCCUGGCGUCGAAUGCACGAAGACUAUUGGCGCUCCCUGGUACAACGAGGAGUAGGCAAAAGGAAAUUACUACUACAAUAACAAGAAGGACAAGAAGAAGAAGAGGAUGAGCAGAAGGUGGAGGGGCCACAAAUCAGGGGUCUAACGUUCUAUCCCUUUGAAAGGCUGAAUGAACUGGUGUAAAAUAGACAAGAAUAACCACAAAGACCCAAAAAAAUAACCAGGGAAGAACCACGCAAGGAAGGCGGUAAUGAAAAGACAAAAGAUUUACAAUACAAUAUCGAAUAUGAAGCAUUUGCUCUGGACCAUGGUAGCAAUGCACGGAACACGGCAUCGAAGAGCAUCUGGUU